AUGUUUAAGAAUAAGGAAGCUCAAAAUAUAUUUUCGGUUACUUCAGGUCAUGUUCUUCCACUUGCCACUGCAAAAGAAAGAUUAAUUGAUAUUUGGCAUAGUCUUACUUGGCCUGUAUUUAAAAAAAUAUUAAAAGCAAAUAUUGCACUUAUCAUUACACUUGGAUUAAUGUGUUAUUAUCCUAUCAUGAAUCUAGUUGGUGUAUCUAGUGCUUUAGCUCCUAUUGCAGUGGAAUUUAUCUUACCAUCCAAAUCUUUAGGCUUCUUAGCGGAGGAUGCUAUCUUUGGUGCCUUCAUGUGUUCUGUUUCUGCUGCCUAUGCAAUACUUGGUACUUACUGUGCAUCUUUAGUUCAACAAGCGAAUGUUGGUGGAAUGCUCUCAGCUUUGAUUAUGGUACUUAAUCUUACAGGUGCUGUUCUCGAUCGUCAUACAACAGUUUAUAUUCAAGAACUUGUCAAAACAUUGGAAACAUUUGAUAUUAUUACUCGCCAACAAGUGGAAGGAUUUUUACAUUCUUCUCGACAACAUCUUUUGGAACAAGGUCAUAAUCCUGAAUCUCCUACUGUAGUGCAUAACAAAACAGAUACCUUAUUAUCAUCCAUUAUCGACAAGAAACGAAUGACUCAACGUGAAAUAUCCUUCAACAAAAUCUCUCCUGUAGAUAUUAGUGAACUAACCAAAAUUGUGAAACGACUUCGAAUACCAUUACAAGGUAUUGCCAUUGCUCAUACUAUGGAAUCCAACAUGCGGAAAUUAUAUUUAUUAGAACGGGUCGAUGAUAUUUAUCAUAACCGACAUGAUCAUCCAAGGGAAUCACCAUCACCAAUCAACAUUGAAAAGGAUAACAGUAUUAGCAACCUUUUGAACAAUCGACCCAAUUCUGAAAACUUUUCUCGGAGUAGCAACGAAGGAUAUCAAACCCAUCCGUCUAGUAGUGGAUCUACUCGACAACCAGUGACUUUGGAUGCAACUGCUUUCAAAUAUGAUAUCUUACGACGCGAAUAUACCAACAUUCUCAAUGAGUCGAAAACUCUUUAUAUUGAUCUUUUAUCAGCUUGUUCUUUGGCAAUGGCGGAAACUAUCAAACGGCUUUUACGUAUACAAUGCAUUGAUCCAUUUCAAGAUAAACCUUUUUUCUACAAGUACCUCUUUGGCAAAAAAGGCAUUCCCAACACCAAUGUUACUUAUGAUCGAAACAAAGAUCCUUCACUUCAGCUUUUGGCGGCCAUUCAACAUUUUGAUGCUCAAAGGCUUAAUGGAUUGGCAAGACUAUAUAAUGAAAAUCAUCAUCCUCGACGAACUCUUCUACUCAUUCUCAAAUUCCAGUUUAGUCUUCGCACUUACGCCGAAAUAUUGUACACUUUAUCUUCCCUUGUUUUUGAAUUGGAUCAAGUUCGUGAUCAACGUCGAUUUUGGCUACCUAGUGUAUCUAUUAAGAAAAUGUUUUGGAAGAAAAGAGAAACAUCUUAUGAUUUGGACUUACCUAGUGGAGUGGCCCAGCAACCAAGUAAUAAUGAUUUACAGCGUACUUUGACUCAACACACCGACAAUGACAAAUGGUUCCAUCAACAUGAUCGACAAAAUAAAAAACAACGACGAAACACAAUCGACACAAGGAAUCGACAACGACGUGACUCUCAUCAUAGUGCCUUUUUACAAAAAUUGAUGACUUGGCGACAUCAUAUUGGUCAUCGAAAAACAUCACUUACUCAUACCAUCUUGGUCGAUCAGUCUUCGUAUCAUGAUCCAGAUUCAUCCUAUCCUAUAACAAGAAGGCAAUACUUUUUUUACGUCCUGUGGAAAUUUGGAAGAAAGUAUAUCUAUACCCGUGAUACUGCAUUUGCUCUUCGAGCUGCUAUUCUUGUUACAAUGUUGACAUUACCUGGAUUUUUGGAACAAUCUCUUUAUUGGUAUAAUAGAGCAAGAGGACAAUGGGCCACUGUCGUUGCUUUGAUUUGGAUGGGUCCUUCCGUUGGAAGUAGUUUUUUUGGCACCAUGGCGAGGACGGUUGGUACUCUUGUAGGUGCAGCAGUUGGUAUUAUCAUUUGGGAAAUCAGUCAAAACAAGUUAUGGGCUCUACUGAUAGUUACCUUUGUAUUCAAUAUUCCAUUCUAUGUACUUUAUACAUUGUCAAGUUUCUGGCGUGCAACUGGAUUAUUCUGUUUGAUCACCAUCACUCUCAUUAUUGGUUAUGGAUAUGUUUAUAUGUCGACCGAUGUUCCAAUAUCAGCAUUCCAAGUCACUUAUCAGAGAAUUGCAUCUGUUUUUGUAGGUGUUGGUGCAGCCAUGAUGAUCAGUAUCUUACCUUAUGCUCAGACAAGUCGGGUUCAAGUACGAUAUAGGGUAUCUCAUAUUAUGAAUGACAUGGGUGUUUUAUAUGCUUCUUUGCUUGGGACGCUAUUGAAAGGAUCAAGAUAUGAAAAACGAAUCAAGGAGACGAAUCAAAAACUAUUUCGUGUAUUCACUAACAAGAUUCGUCAACAAAUUCAAUUGACUCGUGCAUUAUUAGAUCAAAGUCGAUUUGAACCUGCUUUACGUGGUAUAUUUCCGGAAAAAAAGUAUCUUAAGCUUCUUCAAAUUUUGGAUACCAUGUUGAAUUUGAUGUUACAUAUGGAAUUGGCUUUGGAAAAGGUGGAUACUCAAUGGCGAAUGGAGAUUAUCAAUCAAUCUUGGAUUGAACGAAAAAAUAUGAUUUCAUCCAUUUUGACUGCACUUCAAUUAGCUUCUAAUGCAUUGAUGAACAAAACACCUCUACCACCUUAUAUUUUGGCACCAACAAAAGCAAGAAGGGUAUUAACUGAUAAAGUCCUUGGAAUGGAAUCAUUUGAUAUGAAAAGAUUGGCUGAUCCAGAAUAUACUUACUAUAGUACAUAUAUGAUGAACUCUGAACAAUUAGCUGUAGAAAUUGAAGUAUUGGUAUCAACUAUCCGUGAUCUUGUUGGAUCUGAUAGUGUUAGUGUUAUGUUAGAUUAUAUAUAUUGA